UAGUCAUAUGUUCAUUGCUGUUCUCAUUAUAUUGUGUAUAUAAGCAAUCAUUGUACUAAGACGGGAUCAGUUAACUUCAUAGCUGCGUAAGUGAAGGUACUUUGAUAACGUGUGUGAUUACCAAGUGUCGGAAGGAAGUUGAUAUAUAUUAAACAGAAGAAAGAUGAAGUUGUUGUUAUGUUUCGCUGCUUUGCUGUCGUGCGCGAUGGCAAUGUCAAUGGAGCUUUUGACUCAAGCUCGACAUCUGCAGACCGAUGUAGACGCGGGUAGAUCAAUGGAACACUUGUUUUCAACUUUUAAACAAGUUCACAAACGUAAAUAUGAAAAUGAGGCAGAAGAGACGAUGAGAAGUAAAAUUUUUGAGAUUAAUGUCAACCACAUUAGAGAACAUAACAUCAGAUAUGCAAAGGGAGAAAAAUCUUACUAUCUUGGUGUAAACCAGUUCACUGACAUGACUCAUAGAGAGUUCCUGAAGUUGUAUACAGGGCACAUCAAAGCAGUAAAUGGAUCUAUAACCAAACCAUCAACUUACCUGACCCCGUCCAACAUUCUUCUACCAGAGAAGGUUGACUGGAGGGAGAAAGGAUAUGUUACUGAGGUCAAAAACCAAGGACAGUGUGGCUCUUGUUGGUCAUUCAGUACUACUGGUUCCCUUGAAGGACAGACUUUUGCUAAGAAAGGUAAAUUGAUAUCUCUUAGUGAGCAGCAACUUGUGGACUGUUCUGGUUCAUACGGGAACCAGGGAUGCAAUGGUGGUCUAAUGGAUCAAGCUUUUGAGUAUAUUAAAUCUGCCGGAGGUAUUGAAAGUGAACAGGACUACCCAUAUGUUGCUCAGGAAGAAAGAAAGUGCAAUUUUUCAAAGUCAUUGGAAAAAGCUGAAGUGACAGGUUAUGUUGAUGUCACCCAGGGAGAUGAACAAGCCCUUCAGUCAGCUAUUGCAACUGUUGGACCAGUUUCAGUCGCCAUAGAUGCCAGUCAUCCUUCAUUCCAAAGUUAUUCAGGAGGUGUUUAUGAUGAGUCAGAGUGUAGUAGCUCUCAGCUAGAUCAUGGAGUGUUGGCCGUAGGUUAUGGAACAGAAUCUGGAAGUGACUACUGGUUGGUUAAAAACAGUUGGGGAACAUCAUGGGGAGAUGAGGGCUAUAUUAAGAUGUCAAGAAACAAGGACAACCAAUGUGGAAUUGCCAGCUCAGCAUCAUAUCCUCUUGUUUAAAGUUGUGACAACAGAAUCAUCAGUGAAACAGUGGAUCUCUUACAUAAUCUUUGUGGAUUUACUUUUUUAAAAAGUUAUGUGAUAUUGAAAAUGCUGAACAAUCUCACUAAAACUACAGCUGAUUAUUUUAUUAUUAUGCUCUCUAUAAAAUAAAGUGAAUUAUGUUGCUAUAUAAAAUAUAUUGGUAUAUAAACUUUAUUGAUAUGUGAAAUUUAUGUAAAGAAACUUGUCUAUUUAAAAAAAAAACAAAAACAAACAAAAUUUGAUUCUGUAAAAGUUGUUUAGAUUUGAUUCUUAUAAUUAGAUAUUUACAAAGAAUAAGCUUUUUUUAAAAAUAAGAUUCAAAUGACAAGACAUUACAAAGUAGGUGUUCAUUUUCUGUUUUGAUUGCCAUAAAAUUGAAUAAAAGACAUUCAUAAAAUAGUGUUCAAUACAUGUUUGUAUUGUCUCAGGUUUGAGAUGUGAAUUGUAUAACUAUGACUGCUAUACAAACAACAAGAACUUGAGAAAUUUUUAUUCAAAUUUAUAUUUGUGGAAAAAAAAUUUAUAAGAAUAUGGUCUUAAUUAAUUGAAUAGUGCUCAUUUAUUAAUAAUAAGAUAUAUAUGUAUGAUAAAAUCUGAAUAUGAUUAUAGAACAAAUAUUCUUUACAUAUUUAUGGAUAUAGGCAGUUUUAAUGCUAAGACUGUAUAAGAUGUGAUAAAAUGUGCUGAUUUUUACAGAUUUAUAUUUUUGUAGCUGUAGUAAAUACAUUCUAGAUGCAACUUUUGACAACAGUCUUCCUUGUCAAAUAUUGGAAGCAUUGCACAACUUUCAUUCCAAGUUAUAUUAUUGAAUGUGUAAACCAUUGUUGUAUAUUUAAUAUGUAUCACUCCACCCAGUCCUAACUAAACAGUUAAAUAAUAAAUAAUAAUCCAAAGUGUAGGGCUGCUUACAUCAAACAAAAAAUGAAUAAAUACAAAGAAAAGCUGUUUGCGUAAAUGUAAACUUUAGAGAUCAUGCUAAAAAAUGACUUUCGUUAUCUAAAUAUAUAUACCAUUGAUUUUCUUUUGGAAGAAAUGGGAUUUUAUAAUAUGAAAAUAUGUUUAAUAAAAAGCCUACUGAUACUCUGACCUUUUUGCACUAAUGUGAUAUAAAUGUAGAGUGAUUGUGAAUGUGAUACAAUGUGUGUGUAUAUGAGAAAAUGAUUGGUUGUCUGUCAAAAUUUUAUAAUUUUGUCUGAAUUUAUCUUGUAGACAGAAGCUGUUUCACUUAACCUUUGUUUUGAAUGGCAUAUUUUUUUUUCUUGAAUCAGAAAUACUGCUUUAAUAAUAUACAGAAAUACGAACAGUUUUGAACAUUUGAACAGACUGGAUGGUAAAAAACAUCUAUUUUUUUAAUAUUUAAAAUUCUUUCCUUUUUAUAGUGACAAAGUGUUACAUAUUUUUUUGGAGUAGCUUUAUUUAUAUUUUGACAAAGACUGCAGUAUGGUUAUUUUGUUGUUUAUAUUAUGUUUUAUUUGGUUGUUGUCCAAUUAAUUUUGCUAUCAAUGCUGAAUUUGAGUUCCUCAGUCAGUAUAGGUUGUAUUGUAGCUAGUUAUUAUUGGUUUUUGUACUCGUUAAGUGAGUGAGAUCAAUUAUUGAUUGUUGAAUAGAUAGAUUGAGACUGACUGUAUGGGUUUAUUCAGAGAAUAAAUAGAUUUAUUUUGAGUGUUUUGAUAGGCAUCAUAAAGCAUGAAUGAAAUUUUGAUGUGAGAGUUAUUAAAUGUUGUUAUAUUUGAUAAUAUACCAAGAAAUUUUCAAUAAAAUAAAGUUUUCUACUUUAAAA